UGUUAGGCAGAGCAUACCAGGUUGAGUUGGUUUGUGUUUGUAUUAUGACUUUAAUGUGGAACAUUAGUCGUGAUGAACAGAGUUUCUGACUCUAUUAUGAUUAUGCUUGUAUAAUAUGGAGAAUCGUGGAUGUUUCUUUCCCUUGGUGGAUAAAUCUAAAGGGACUACUUUGCCUACCUUGGACCUGAAAAAAUAGUCAUCAAAAGAUGGAAAAGGUGACACCUUUCUUGUCAUCAGUCAGCGCUGUAACACUCUCAAACAGAGACUGAUAAGAAAAGAAAAGGAACCCUUUGGCAUACAGGCAAGAGGGUGAGAAAUUUCCAAAGCGAAAAGACACACUUAGCCAAACAGAGGAAAUGGCAUUCUUGGACAAUCCGGCCAUUAUCCUGGCUCACAUCAGACAAUCUCAUGUGACCAGUGAUGAUACUGGAAUGUGUGAGAUGGUGCUAAUAGAUCAGGAUGUUGAUCUUGAGAAGUGCCAGCUUUCUCUGGUGCCUGGUAGCAGCUUUGGGUCAACUGGGUCGGGCCUCCUGAAUGAGGGGGGCAGUAGUGUGACAGACAGUCAUCCCUGUGACCUCUCUCAGUCUAUGGACAUCACCUCCAGCUGGGACUUUGGCAUUCGUCGGCGCUCCAACACAGCCCAAAGACUUGAAAGACUAAGAAAAGAACGACAGAACCAAAUCAAAUGCAAAAACAUUCAGUGGAAAGAGAGGGCGUCCUCCCAAUCAGUGGAAGAUCUGGGGUCUCUGUUUGAAAAGCGCAACUUUAAAGACAGGCCGCAGACAACUGGUACAAAAUCCACUUUGUCACUGAGGCUUGAGCAGUGUCCCCAGCAGCUCAAUAAUCCCUUCAAUGAAUACUCUAAAUUUGAUGGCAAGGGCCACAUCGGCACCACAGCUACAAAAAAGAUAGACGUCUACCUAUCAAUGCAAAUGACUCAAGAGAAAGUACAUCCAAUGACAGUGGUGACCAUCGCCAAUGCCCGUGUCCAUGACCUCAUUGGACUUAUCUGUUGGCAAUACACAAGCGAGGGACGAGAACCCAAACUCAAUGAAAAUGUGAAUGCUUAUUGCCUUCACAUUGCUGAAGAUGAUGGCGAGGUAGACACUGACUUCCCUCCGCUAGACUCCAAUGAGCCAAUACACAAGUUUGGUUUCAGCACUCUGGCCUUGGUGGAGAAAUACUCCUCCCCUGGCAUCGCUUCCAGGCAGUCACUGUUUGUUAGAAUAAAUGCUGCUCAUGGUUUUUCUCUAAUUCCGGUGGACAAUUUGAAGGUGACUAUGAAGGAAAUUCUCCAGAAAGCUCUCAAGAAGAGGAAAGGUUCACAGAAAGGCUCGGGGCCCUUGUAUCGUCUCGAGAAGCAGACCGAGCCAAAUGUAGCAGUAGACCUGGACUCCUCACUGGAGAGCCAGAGUACCCUGGAAUUUUGCCUGGUCAGAGAAAACAGCUCCAGAGGUGAGGAGAGUUCAGAGGAAGACCCUCCUAUUGAUAUCACCACAGUCCAAGACAUGUUGAGCAGUCAUCACUACAAGUCCUUCAAGAUCAGCAUGAUUCACAAACUGCGUUUCACCACAGAUGUCCAGCUAGGGAUUUCAGGAGAAAAACUGGAGAUUGAUCCUGUCACCAAUCAGAAAGCCAGUACUAAGUUCUGGAUUCGGCAGAAACCCAUUUCCAUUGACUCGGACCACCUUUGUGCUUGUGACCUUGUGGAGGAAAGAAGCCCUAGUCAUGCAAUAUUUAAACUCACUUAUCUCAGCAAUCAUGACUACAAGCCUCUCUACUUUGAGUCUGAUGCUGCUACUGUCAAUGAAAUAGUGCUGAAGGUAAACUACAUCUUGGAGUCCCGGGCCAGCACCUCCCGUGCUGAUUACUUUGCCCAGAAACAACGAAAACUGAGCCGCCGGACCAGCUUCAGUUUCCAGAAGGAGAAGAAAACUGGGCAAUAGACGGGCUCCUCUGCCACCUGUCAGUACAUUCUCUAUAUAUAGCCUUGCAUAUGGAGAGCAUCAACCUAAAUCUACAAUCCCUAUAAGAUGAAAAUGAGAGGAAGAGAGCAAUGGUUAGAAAAUGGUCCUGUAGGAUGUAUGUCUGCUUCAGCAGAGCAAGGUGGAAGUUUCUGAAACUUCACCAGUGUCAAGUCAUUCUUUUUCUAAAAUUGAAAAAAAAAGACUUGUUUUGGCUGUUGUGUUUUUGUUAGUUUUUUUUUUUUUUUUUUUUUUAAACUUUUUGUUCAUUCAUUGCCUCUGAAUCUAAGCUCUGUCCUCCAGGAUGGAUUUGUAGAGCUUCAACAAGUUGGCAAUGUGCACCAAAAAAAAAAUCAAAGCUACAGACUAUAUUAUUGCUUUUGCCCUCCUCAUCUAACAGAUUUAACAUAAUGUGAAAAUAAAGGUUUCACAUUUUUAAUGUAUUGUAUAGAGAUAUUUUUUAUUUAGGAAAUGAAAAGGUCUCUCUGGACUUUGUUGUUGGGUUUAUCAGUCUAACAUUAAAGCAUUUCUUUCAGGCAUAUAUUUUAAAAAAAAGUUUUAAUAGCAAAUAUUCUUCAUGCUUUAAGAAGAUCAAACACUUUUAGAAAAUAAAAAAAUGGUUAAUUUGAAAGUUUUAAAGGGAUAAAUGGACUGGUUCUUAUCUGUGCACUCAAAGCGCUUUAUACAACUUGCCUCAUUCAUCUGUACAAGCACUUUUUUUUUCUCUGAUUUUUCUGCUGAAGUGCUUUUUAUCUAACAUUCAGAUACAUUCAUACUUUGAUGGAUGCAUCAGAGAGCAACUCAGGGUUAGUAUUUUGCCCAAGGCUACUUGGCAUGCAGGCUGGAGCAGACAAGGAUCAAACCACCAACCUUCCGUUAAGUGGAUCGCCUGCUCUACCUCCUAAGCUACAGCCACCUCCAUAUAUAAAGAUAUGACAUUUGAAUGUCAAACUUUUGAUUGCUGGGUUAACUCUUUAUCCCUGCUCAAUUAACACUGACUGUAAAACUAAGCAACAACUUGCCAGGAUAAAAAAAAUAAAUCUAAAAAAAAAAUGAAAUUCCUUAUCGAUUCCCUUAUCAAUUCUCAUUGCUCCACUUUGAGAACCACCACCAUCUCUAAGCAGGAUAUCAAAGACAUUACAUUCUUGCUGAAUUCAAGUGUUUGUUUAUGUUGGAGGUAUUUCCCCUCUUUGUGAUCAGUGUUCAUUACUAAAGUAAAAAAGUUGUUACACAUAUACAAAGAACAUUUCUCUUAAAAGUAAUGCAGCACGUUGAUUAAUUACUCCCAGGAGAAAGAAAUUUGUUAAACUACCUUUAUAACUACUCGUUACAUUACUUCAAUCUUACUCUGUAUAAUGAUCUUAAACACACUGUCUCAUAAUAUAAACCUACAGGCUACAGCCCCACACACCAACACAAAUCCCUAGUACAGCUGGUACAGCGUCCACAUCACUACAGCUGCAGCACCAACCCGUCUGUUGAUCCCCUCUCCCAUUCACUCAUGAACAAGACCCCGAGAUUCUCCUGCACUGGGGACAGGAACUCAUCCCAAACCUGGAGCGGGAAGUCCACCCUUUUCCAGCGAAGGACCAUGGCCUCAGAUUUGGUGGCGCUGAUUCUUAUUCCCACCGCUUCACACUUGGCCGUGACCCGUUUUAGUGCGAGCUAGAGGCGAUCACCCGAUGAAGGCAACAGAGCCAUGUCAUCUGUGAAAAGCAGAGAUGACCACCCAAGUGAAAGCCUUCCAGCACUUGACUACGCCUAGAAAUUCUCUCCAUAAAAAUUCUGGCCAUGCAGCCCAAUUUCAACACUUAACAGGAAAAGGCAGAACCAGGCUUGGGGUGGGGCAGCCAUCUACUGCAAAUGGUUGAGGGUGAGGGGAGAGAGAUGAAGCAAAAGUCACAUUGAAGAGAUUCAGAGAUUAAUAAUGAUUAAUCAUUAAAUGUGUGGUGUAUAAACGCAUUGUGGAAAAAAAGGUGAGUGAAGUAAAAAGAUGAAUCGUGGGAAACGGCCAGUAGCCUAGCAGCACAACUAAGAGAUGAUUCAGGCUUACAUAAUCCAGCCUUAAAUAUAUGGUUUAUCAGAAAGAACAUUUUUAAGCUUAAUCUUAAAAGUAUAGAAGUCGUCUGUCACCUGAAUCCAAACUUGGAAGCUGGUCUUACAGAAGAGAGCCCUCAAGUAUGAGGGCUCAGCCUUCCAGUAUCCUAGGAAUCACAAAAUUCUGUACUGUGAGGUCUUAAGAUGGAGCCUGGUUACUCAGGACCGAUUUUAAAUUUGAUUCUGGAUUUAACAGGGAGCCACCAAAGAGAAGUCGAUAUGGGAGAAACAUGCUCCUUUUAGUCCCUUUCGGUGUUUUUACUGUAGUAUUUUGGAUCAACUGAAGGCUUUUCAGGGAGUUUUUAGGACAUCUUGAUAAUAACAAAUUACAAUAGUCCAGGAUAGAUGUAACAAAUGCAGGAAUGGUUUUUCAGAAUCACUUAAGACUCAAUGUUUCUAAUUUUAGAGAUACUGUGAAUGUACAAAAAAAGCAGUGUUACAUACAGUAAAAGGAGUAUUGAACAAUUUUCAUUAUGACAGUUCUCACCAACAAAGGCUUUUUAUCAAGUAUUAAUUACAUUUCAGUAAGCGUGUUUAAUACUUUUCCCUGUGUAAUUUGUCAUUAUUACACAUAAUUUAUGGACAUUUCUGGUGUGAUUACUUUGCAUGUGUAGAUUGGAUUGUUUUUUAUCGACAUGUGGUGAGAGUUUCAUGUCAAUAGCACCUUUAAAUAAUUAUUUUCUUAGAAAAUUGGUGAUGCGUUCAAUACUUCUUUUACCUGCUGUAUUUGUAUUUGUAAUAUACCUGUUACAGGCAGUUUGGUGUCUGUGCCUCUUGCAGCUUAAGCUUUAAAUUCUCUUUUUCGUUUAUUGUGGCUGAAAUAUCUGGAUUUGUCUAUUAGGUGAUAAAUUGUAAUC